CGUGGGCUCCUCAUCAGCUAUAGCGUUCCCUCAUGCGCCCUCGAUUGCUCGUCUGCUGUCGUCGGUCAGGUACUGUUCUGUAGCAGCGCCGUCGUCUAUCAGGUACUGUUCUCUCCUCUGGAACUGAGUCGUUAAAUCUUUCGUUCCAGAUCCAGAUCGAUACCGUACCGCGAUUGGGUACGCUCGAUCCAGAUCGAAAUUUGUAGGGGGUGAGCGAAUUAGGCAACUAUGGUCUCAACGUGCCCCACGAUGUUAUCUUUGUCGCGCAUUUCUUCAAAUAGCUUGCCUUAUCUUCCUUCAAGAUCACCGGCAAAAGUAACCCGGAUAAGAGCUACAUCUGCGGAUACAGGACACAGUCAACCACCCUCCUCUUCUUCGGAAAAAAAGAAUCCACUUGCAGUUGUUUUGGAUGCUCCUCGAACUAUUUGGAAGGCAACAUUACGACCAUUGAGUGAUUUUGGGUUUGGUCGUAGAAGCAUAUGGGAAGGUGGGGUGGGGUUGUUUCUAGUUUCUGGUGCAGUUCUCCUUGCACUCAGUUUGGCCUGGUUGAGGGGGUAUCAAUUGCGGUCUAGAUUCAGGAAAUACUUUGCUGUGUUUGAGUUUACUCAAGCUUGUGGAAUAUCCACGGGAACACCAGUGAGGAUUAGAGGGGUCAAUGUCGGCAGUGUUGUCCGUGUUAACUCUUCCUUGGAAAGUAUUGAAGCAGUUGUUGAGGUUGAAGAUGAUAAAACUGUGAUACCUCGAAACUCGCUGAUUGAGGUAAACCAGUCAGGUCUUCUCAUGGAAACUAGAAUCGACGUUACACCUAGAUAUCCAAUUCCCAAUAUUUCAGUUGGGCCUCUUCAUCCUGAAUGUGACAAAGAAGGUCUUAUUGUAUGCGAUAGGCAAAAGAUGAAAGGAUAUCAGGGGGUAAGCUUAGAUGCAUUGGUUGGUAUAUUCACUCGUCUUGGACGUGAAGUGGAGGAAAUCGGUAUUGCGAAUACGUAUUCACUUGUUGAACGAGUUGCUUCUGUUAUAGAAGAGGCAAAGCCACUGCUUAUAAAGAUACAAGCCAUGGCUGAAGAUGUUCAACCUUUGCUGGCUGAGUUUCGUGAUAGUGGUCUGCUAAAGGAAGUUGACAGUUUGACCAGAAGCCUUACACAAGUUUCGGAGGAUGUGAGAAAGGUGCAUUCAUCUAUUAUGACCCCUGAGAAUACAGAACUGAUUCAGAAGUCCGUGUACACUUUGAUUUUCACCUUGAAGAAUAUUGAGAAUUUAAGCUCUGAUAUUCUUGGAUUUACGGGUGAUGAGGCUACAAGAAAAAAUUUGAAGUUGCUGAUCAAGUCUCUCAGCAGGCUAUUGUGAAGACUGAAAGAUGCCUGUUGCUAUCAGAAACCAUCAUUCCAAGUUGAAAAUGUUCAUUCCAAAUAUUUAUCUUGGAGCCUCUAUGUGUUUGGCAUGGGGCCCCCUUUCCCAAUUGAAGUAUGUUUCUGAUCUGAAGUAUUUUAUGACAAGGAAUUUUUCAGUUUGACAUGGACGUACAUUUUACAACUCAAUAGUGCUUAAGUUGGCCUUAUGCAAAGUAUAACUAGUGGAGAUGUGUUUAUGUGGGCUGCCCCCAAAUUUUCAAAAAGUAUAGUUACCAAGAGUCAUGUCUACGUGUGUGGCUGUCAGUCGUUAAUGCAAGCUGGUUCUACAACGCAACGCAAAAGAGCAUUGGGAGCCUUUUGCAUAGCAACCCCCGAUCCAACCCUCCGUCCACGAUGCUUUUAACAUCUCCACAAUCAAUGGUAUGAAUUUGAAGUCUUUAUUUACAUUUGUACUUAUUAAGUUUGGAAGCUAUGAAAACGAAGGGGGAACCGUCUCAUUAGGUUAGCGAUGCCCCAUCUUUAAUGAGGUGAGAUCCCACGUAUCUUUACCAGCUGAUCUUUUGUACUGGGUUUGUCUGAAAAACAAAAGAUGUACUUGAAUAUUUUGCAUCACAUGUUCACAUAUUGAGUGGCAGGAUCUGAAGAAAUGAAAGAUUAUGAGGUCAUAGACUUUCAAUCAA